AUGGACAAACUUGCGUGGUUCGAAGCAGCAUACUCAGGCGACACAGAAUUUAUACGACUUAAUCGGAACAAGUUCAGGAAGACAGUUGAUAGAUGGGGUAGAACGGCACUGAUGUAUGCGGCCAGGGCGGGACACUCAGAAAUUCUAGAGUUACUUCUUCCAGACGAGGUAGGACUUAUCUCUAAUGACGGCAUGACGGCCUUGGUUGCCUCCUUGAAAAAUGACUACAUAGAUAUUUUCGUUCACCUGUAUCCUUUAGAACAGAAACUAUCUUCUAAAGGCCAAAGCCUUACAACUCUAUCGAUUACCUAUAAUGCGCCCCGCUGCCUUCGCUUUUUACUUGAAAAUGAAUACAUGGAGGACGUACGUGGUGCAGAUGGAAAGACAGCCCUUGAGUUAGCUCUAACACGAGGUCAUUUUAAAGCCGUAAGGAUACUUAUGAGCAAAUUUACAUACAGUUGGCAAUCCUUAAACAAAGCUUCCCUUUUUGUCAAGCGACAAAACUUAGCUGAAUUUGAAGAGCUUGUUGUUCGACAUUUUGGUGAAGCACUGCCAGAAUACAUUAAGAAAAAUAGUAACGGACAUAUCUUUACGGUGACUAAUGAAUCACCUAAUCCAGAGGCAUCAGACACUCACUCUUCUGUAGACUCUUUUGAUAUUUUUUCUGACAAUUUGACCCCACAAUUGGACACAAUAUCUCCUCCAAUCACAGAUACAUCCGUUAAGUUACAAGUCCAGACGUCUGCCCCCUUGCCUAAGCCUGAUAGAGCUCCUUCUUUGGUAAAGAUAAUAGCAAGCACGUCCACGUCAGAUUUAGUUGACAAACUACAGCUCCAAAACAGUGAGCUAAAGAGUAAGCAGACUGAGGAGAAGAAUCUUAUAGAAACGAUGCAACAGCACCUGUCGGACUUCCAACGAAUCAAGGCCGAAAUGCGUGAAAAGCUGCAGCUCUCACUGUCCACAAUCGAAGAUCAGAAAAGGGAAAUUUACGUUCUUAGAGUAGCCCUUCGGGCCAAGAUAGCUGCCAUCACAGAGGGUACUGAUGAGAGUGUGUCUAACAAUGUAAUUUCCAUGGGAGAUGAAGAGCUGAGUAUUAACAAUGUUGAAGACCUACUAACUAUUAUGGAACGCACAAAAUACGUAGGCGAUGACACAGGCGUUGAAAAGGACGUACAAAUUGCUAUGUUAGAGGAACGGCUGCGAGAAAAGCAGAAUAAGAUUUCUAUGUUAGAGAAAAAGGCAGACACACCAGGAAGAGAUGUCACAACACAAUAUAACCUAGAUGAUGCAUUAACCUCUAUCACCUAUGUCAAUACUGGGGUACAGGUGCAUGAUUGCAUAGAAGAUAACUUGAUGGAAAAUCUCAAUAUAUCUAAGGCCACAAUAGAAGAGCUUACUACUCGCCUAGCAGAAUCGUCGCAGAGAAAUGCCGCAUUGAAGGAACAAUUAUCUAAUUUAGAACAUUCCACACGUGACGCGGCCGCUGAUGGUGUAUUAGAGACAAGUGUCCGCGUUAUGGAAUAUGAGCUAAGCAAGCUGAAGUCUUCCAAUGCCUUGUUAGCACAAAAUCUCAAAAAAGCCAUGGAAUCCGAGCCAAAGUACGUAGCCAUGGAGAUGGAGCAAAAUGUACUAAUGCAAAAGCUAGCAAACGCAGAAGAAAGCAACAAAAGAAUGAUGGGAGAGCUUGCUGGUUACCAGGAGAGAAUUGCCGCACUAGAAAGUACUCUAUCAGAAGAGCGCACGAUGAAGACGGCAAAUGCAGAAGUGAGUCUGUUACAAAAGAAGAAUAGAGCUCUAGAGUCUCAGAUGCAGAGUAUCAAGCGAUCCCUGAUUUCAUAUGGAUCCGUGGAACGCAGUUAUAGAAUAGAGCAAGAAAAUAUUGCCAAUAAAUAUAAAGUACUACUACAUAAAUACGAAUCCAUACGUGCUGCUUAUACCCAACUGGAACUAAAGCAUCAGCUGGUGGAAAAAGAACUAAAUACAUGUCGUGCUUAUAGAACCUUCCAGUCUACUAUUAAUUCAACUCACAGACCACCAGUUAUAAACCCCUUUGCGCGUUCACAUGUCACUAGAUCUGCGCAGCUUACGCAAGAAUCUCUGAACAUGUCUGAUCUGAUAUCUCUACCAGUUGAAAACCUCGACGGCAAUCAAGGCGACGUACAUAGAAGCCACACAGUUGCAUCAGCUUGGCGUAGCCCUUCUCUUGAUGGAUCCCCUAGUCCACUAGUACAGCGUGGACACUAUUCAGCCAAGCAAUCAAGCGGGAGUGGUAGAGAGAGAGGAGUCAAGUCUGUUCAGAUACCACGUAGUUAUCAACCUGUUGGUAGAAAUUCUUUUGAUCAUCAGAUAAGCUCUCUUCCAACUAUGCCAAUAGUAUCCACUUCUCCGAGCAAAUUGGAAUCUAUCUUGUCGGAGAAGCUAACCAAGUCGAUGGUGUAUGCAUCUAAUGUGCCUACAGAUCUCAUGACAUCGGUUGUGAACGGUGACCGAGAGAAAUUUUAUGCUAACCUAAGCUUAGCUGGAGAAGCAAUGGAGAAUGGAGUCACGGCUUUAAUGCUUGCAGCUGAGCAUAAUGAGCCAGAGUUUGCGCGUCUUCUGAUCCAGUGUGAAGCUGGACUGAGUCGUGCAGAUGGGCGAAGAGCAAUUGAUAUUGCCAUUUCUGCACAGAACUAUGCUAUUGCAGACAUGCUUAUUCCAUACGAAGGAUACUCGUCAGAAGAAUUAGUCCGGAUUGGUGGCAGAAAAACUGAACUAAUGGAAGCUGCAAUGCGCAAUGAUAUAGUUCGGGUAUAUUGCUUUAGACAUGUACAAGGCGGAUUGCGAGACAUGAGUGGGUGCACUGCUCUAAUGUAUGCAGCUGAGAGGGGUCAUGCAGAUACGAUAAGAAUCCUACUAGACAUCGAAAAGAAAAUAACAAAUACUCAAGGAGCUACAGCACUUAUGUUGGCUGCGGUGAACAACAAGGUAGAUGCAGUCAACAUGCUAAAGGGAGCAGAGGCACGAAUGCGGAAUCAGGAGCAUCAUACUGCCCUGAUGCUUGCAACAAGAGCCAACCAUCCAAUGAUUGUCGAGGCCCUCAUUGAAUUAGAAGGCGGUAUGUGUGUAGAGACUGCAGGGCUGGUCGGCUCCCGCGUAACGGCAUUAAUGUACGCAGCUUAUUAUGGGUACGGUAUGUGUGUUAGUCUCCUUGCUCCAAGGGAACACAGCCUCGUGGAUAAAAACGGUCUAACUGCAUUAGACUGGGCGAUCAAUUGUCAUAAGAGUGUGGAUCCUACUUGCAAAAACCGCAUAAUUCAAAUACUCCAACAGUAUAUUCUUACACCAACAGAGCAGUAUCCCUAG